AUGACUGGCACUAGAAACAAGGGUGUUCAAACUCUUCCUAAGCAUGGAGCUCCCCAUAGGCCAAAGCAUCAGGCUCGGAAGGAGUCGGCACAGAGAAAAGUGGAACGUCCGGGGCGACCCAAAUUCCACAAGCGUCUGCACCCAGCCCAUGCCGACAUCCCCUUUGUUCCCGAAGCCCACGACACCGACGCCACCAAGUACUGGCACUUUGGCUGGCCCGUGUCUGACAUGUUCGUUGACAGCAUCCUGAAGAAAUACAUUCCUCGAACUCUCGCCGAAGAACGACCUCCACCCGAAGCCAAGUACGCGUCGUUCAUGCACAUUGCCUCGCGCAUCUGUCACUGUAACACACUGCGUCUCGUUCUUGUCCAGCCUGACGACUCGGCACCGUGGCAGAGUCCGUUGGCGGAAGACGGUGAACGAGGCGUGACCUUCUGCAUGACUGUGUCCGACUGCAGCAAGUACUACUUCACGAAGCGCCCCACGAAGGAACAGAUGGGGCCCGUUCUGGAGGAGCAACCUUGUAAACUGUCGACGCACGAAGGGUCGCUCGAAGAAACAGCCGACCGACCGAGCUCGAAGAAAACUCGUCGUCCGCGCCCGAAGUAUCAUAGGCGCCUUCACCCCUCUCACGCUGACAUCCCGUUUGUCCCGGAAGAGCGGGGUCGGUCGAGCAGCCGCUACUGGCACUUCGGGUGGCCAAUCUCGGAUACCUUCGUCACCAAUAUCAUCGACUUUUAUGCGCCCGGAUACCUCGACAAAGACCGCCCGUCAUACGUCAGAUACGGGCGAUUUCUGACUAUCGCCGAGAGAAUGUCCAGAACCACCAUCCGGCUUGUUCGGGUAGAGCCAGACGCCUUCACUGCCCUUGCACAGUAUCAGAGUGCAUUUGCGCAAGAUGGAGAGGAGGCAGUCACGUUCUGUAUGGUGGUCUCUGAUGCGCGCAAGAGUCUCUUCACUCAACGUCCCACUAAGGAGCAGAUGGCUAGGCUCAUCUCCUUCUUCGGAGCGGAACCGCAGUGGAAGAUGGACGCGAGGGACAAGGAUUCAUUCUACAAAUACGGGCAUGACAACUGA